GGCUGGGCUUCCUGCGCCCCUAGCCAAGCCCCUGGCUUCGUCUUCUUCUUACUCCCUCCCAGCCGGGCGCACCUUUCCAUUCCCCCCCCCACCCCACCCUCUUGUCGCUUGGAGGAGUUGCACAAGCCGCCCCUUUCCUCCAAACUCUCCUCCUCCUCCUUCCUCCCCAGCGAGAAGACUCCGGAGUCGGCGAGGCGUUGCUGCCCACCGGGAUCCCUCUCUUUCCUGCGGUGCCUUUCCCUCCACGGGGUACACAUGGCUACAGAUGUCUUCAAUUCCAAAGGUUUGGCCGUUCAGGCCCAGAAGAAAAUUCUUGGCAAAAUGGCAUCCAAAUCAAUAGCAACUGCAUUGAUAGAUGACACCAGCAGUGAUGUGUUGGACGAACUCUACAGAGUGACAAAGGAGUACACACAAAAUAAGAAGGAGGCAGAGAAGAUAAUUAAAAAUCUCAUUAAGACUGUUAUCAAGUUAGCAAUCCUCUACAGGAAUAAUCAGUUUAAUCAAGAAGAGAUCAUCCUUAUGGAAAAGUUCAAGAAGAAGGUGCACCAGUUGGCUAAAACUGUGGUGAGCUUCCAUCAAGUGGAUUUUACAUUUGACAGAAAUUUUUUGUCAAAAUUGUUGAAUGAAUGCAGAGACCUACUACAUCAAAUCAUUCAGCGUCACCUAACAGCAAAAUCUCAUGGACGUGUGAACAACGUAUUUGAUCACUUCUCAGAUUGUGAAUUCUUGGCUGCUUUGUACAAUCCAUUUGGAUCUUACAAGACUCACCUGCAGAGACUUUGUGAUGGUGUCAACAAAAUGUUAGAUGACGGCAAUAUAUAAGUGAUUGCAUUGGUGGUGACUGAUUGAAUAUUGGGCUGAGGACUACAAAUGUUCUGAUUGGUUGAUUGAUUGAUUGAUUGAUUGAUUGGUUGGUUGGUUGGUUGGUUGAAGGAAUGAAGAAAGGCUGGAAAAAUGUGUGGUUAGUAAGGGAGAUGUUUAAAGCAAACCAAAUGCUAAAAUCAUCCUUUAGCAGAGUCAUUUAUUAUUUGGAGUUGCCUAUUUUUUCCCACUUAUUCAGUAUUUUUUUUUUACAAAUGGAAUAAUAAAGCCAUGAAACUGGACUGUUAAGGUGAAAUAGGGCUUUGUAAAAUAAGCAGAGAAAUUGUGUAAUCAGAAGCAUAUUUCUACCUGUAGGCAAAUAUUUAUAAUCAACCAAAAUUCUGUAUUUUUAUACACAAGAAAUAUGACUAUGGCACAUACAUGAUAACUGGAUGUAAGAUUUAACAAGAGUUAAGAUUAAACAGAACCUGUUUUCAUUCAUUUAACAUCAUAUAUGCUAUACAAAAUUGCCUAGGUCACAUGUUCAUUAUUAUACUGUAAAAUGUGUGGGGUUUUUUUGCAUUUGGCUUGGUUCUCAUUUGAGAAUGCAAAGGGCUACUAUACUAAGGGCUACUAACAAAUUCAUCUGAAAAUUCUCCAUUUGUGUGAACUGACAUCUCCAUGGCUAUACAACAAUAGUAGUUCUUCAAGCUUUUAUCCUGUGUUUAUUAUCAGGAUAUAUUUCUCAUGUACUGGGCAGAUUUCUUUAUAGAAAAUCCUUCCAUAAAGGUUUAGCCUAGAUCUCUUAAAUCUCAUAGCAUUUACUUCCAAAGCAAUUACUCUAGAGCUGUUUUGUAUGCACUCGCUGUUACUCUUCUCAUCUGGAUGUCCAGGUUUGUUGUUGUUAAUCUGUAGUACAGUAAAUCUGCAUGAUUUAUUGGUGACUAGUAUGGAUUUGAGUCUGUAUGAUUGCCACUUUUCAAUAACUGUAUUCAUAAAAGCUACAUUUGUGUUGCUUGCUCAAAGGAAGCAGCUUUAUACAUGAAUUCCCUCCAUCCUUAUCUUCUCCUGAUAGGAAUACAUUAGGAAGUUUUUCCCCCCCAUCAGAACUUGGUAUCUUACUGUAUAAGAGGAGCUAGUUACAUUAUCCUGAUCACUCAGUAGACCAUUAUUUCUUACAGCAGUUCAAAAAAGUAACAUGCAGGGUAACUUAUCACUAACAUGUCACCAUUGUGCCAUUGAAAAAUAUAAGGAACUGCCUUCUAGUUCCUCUAAUUUCUGAUUGUCAUAAUUCAGAAUAAUCUACACUGCUUGGACCUCCUUCCCAUCCAAACGUGGCCCACCAGCACAGCAUAGCUGACCACCUAUAUGAUUUAGGUAGAUACAGUAAGUCAUCCAAUCCCUCUUACUUCUCCAUCUCUUUCAAACAUUUUUUAAAUCUCUGGCUUGAGCCCACUUCAAGUGUGUAAAGAAAUGAUGCCUCCUCUAAACUCUCUCAUAGCUCCCACCAACAUUGCUAGUUCAAGUGUUGGCUGUGUGCCAUCGUUUAGUGCAGCCAGACUGGCGAAGUAGUGCCUCUUGCACUCAUCUUAAUAGUUUGAAUCUCUCAAUCUCUCUUUAUUACUUACUUUCUCCUCUCUCUCCUCAGUUUUUUGGGCAGAAUUGAGGAACACAGAACCAUUUUAAAAAUGUUUUCAAUAUGUUUCCUCCUUUCUCUCCUCCCAUCCUUCACUCCCUUCUCCUUGGAUCAUCUGAACAUCACUUCUUGCAUCAUGCCACAAAAAGGACAACACAGGGUAGCCAUCCAUGUGAGUCUCCCUCUUCCACCAACUAUUGCUCACAUUGAGUCAGAACACAGUAAGACAUUACAGUAACACUGAAAAGCCCUGGCUGUAAAGGUAACACCAUUCCAGGACAUUAUUGUAAAAAGUAUUGUGUUUCCAAAGUAACUAGUUUCGAAAGUAAUGUGAUACGUCUUCUAAGCUGUGGUCCCCAUCUUACAUACCCCAAUCCUCCACUGUUUGUGUGUGUGUGGUGUCAAUUCUACUUUCUUCUGCAGAAGAAUGUACUUUCAGGCUGGGACUACUGAGAGAGCAAUGCAACAAGAGGAUGUGUAGUCCACUUGUUGCUCCCAUAAUUACACAAAUUGUGCACAUGAAUAUCUUUGUAUCUUUGUGAACAUUUUAGACCUAUGCAUUUUCGAAGGCUUUCAUGGCCGGAAUCACUAGGUUGUUGUAGGUUUUUCGGGCUGUAUAGCCAUGUUCAAGAGGCAUUCUCUCCUGACAUUUCGCCUGCAUCUAUGGCAGGCAUCCUCAGAUGCAGGCAAAAUGUCAGGAGGGAAUGCUUCUAUAACAUGGCCAUACAGCCCAAAAAACUUACAACAACCCAUUUUUAGACCUGAGACAAGUGAAGACAUAGAAGACCACAUGUUGAACAAAACACAUUAUUGAUGUUGUGCUCAUGGUCCCUAUUACCAAAGUCGUAUGUGUAUAUAACCUAUGGGAAAUUUAUAACAAAUAUGAAAAACAAUGUAUAACUACAGCAGCUUCAAUUCGAUUUGUAACAGUAUUUGCGUGAAAUUAAGGCUACCCAAACAAGUAUGUUAUGAUGAAAAUGUAAUGUUUUUCCUUGCCAAACAAAUUAGAAUAAUUGCAUACUGAUCAAUAUAUUUGGUGUUUAUUUAAUUUGGCAGUUUUUGUGCUUUUAUAAGUAAACAGAAUAUUUGCACUCCAA